AUGGAGCAACUGCGAGAGGACACCCACCGGUGGAAUUGGUUCGUGGUCAGCCUUCUUGCGUUGCAGGGAGUACACCCCAAACUGUGGCGAUUUGAGUCUCCUCUGCAGGUCGGGACAAUUACCCCAGAGUAUGAGAGCGGAGAACGAGCGAAUCGCAAGACACUGUGGUCAUCCGUCGGGAUAGCCUCUGACGCCACUCGAAAUUCAUCGAUCGGAUCGGGAUUGGACAAGUUAGUCUUGGAACAGGACUUGACCGGCGUUUCGCGGUUCUACGGACUGCGGUAUCUGUCGGAAUCCGCAGCAUCUCUUUGCCUCUCAUCUCCAGCAUUCUUCUAG